AUGGAGAUGCGCACCGAGGGCGUACCCUCGGAAACCUCAGAUGCACAACCCCCUGAACCCCCCGAACGGAAACGAGUCCGUCGAUGGCAUCACCGCGGCUUCACAGGCUGCUCGACCUGUCGCCGCCGCCAUGUCCGCUGCGACGAAGCAUCUCCCGCCUGCAAUAACUGCGUCCGACUCGGCCGCGAGUGCGACGGCGCCCAAGACCGGAUGACUUUCAAGGUCUACGGUCCCUCCCACGCAACGAGUUCACCGCCAGACGACACUUCCGCGGUCUCGCCACCAGUAAAGAGGGAAGAUGCGCGCGAUGAGGAGGCUUGCGAAGCUGUGAUCAUCUCCCCCACAACGCGCCCACAACCAAAAACCAAGUUCCGCUUCCAGGAACCUAUCACGUCGACCAGUAUUGCGAAAUCGAUCCAGCGCAUUGACGAGCGUUAUUUCAUGCAUUUUGUCGAUCGUGUCUCAUCCCUCCUGAUCAUCUAUGACAACGCCGACAAUGCCAAUCCCUACCGCACAUAUUUCCCGGACUUCGCCCGGUCAUCUCCAACAAUGGUCAAUGCGAUGCAGGCACUGGGCGCGUUGCAUCUCGCGAAUACAUCCGUGGGGUCGCAGCGAAAUAAGCAUUUCCAACAAGCAAUGGGCAAAUACGGCGUGGUGGUGAAAGGUUUCCGAACGCGAUACUCGGAUCCCACCCAGCUGCUUGGAUUGACGGAUCUGGCGACGUGCUUAUUGCUUUCCUUGUUUGAGAUGAUGGAUUCCCAACAUCAGAAUUGGGCAGUACAUCUCAAAGGAGCUCGCGAAAUCUACAAUCUCCUUUUCUACCCGCAAAACGUCGAUGCGACGCGCGAAGCACAUAGGGUUGCCGAGACCAAUCACCCACUCCGACCAUUCCUCGUCUCCCUACUAUCCUAUCUCGAUGUGGCGGGUGCAUGCGCAACUCCGGGCGGCACCGUGGUCGAAGGUAACUACUGGAAAACCAUGGGCGGAGGAUGGGAAUACAAUCUCGGAACGCCGAGUUUAUUGUCAACGAUACCCGAUAACCCCCAUCUGGUCGGGCUGCGGGAAGCAUGGUGUAGCUUGAUGGAAGUGCAGGCCUUCAUUAGCAAAUUUGCAUCGGACAAGAAAUCAUGGAUGACAGUCGACCAGUCCGAUAUGACGUACAAAGACAUCUUCAAUCAGCUGGUUGUAUGGCGUGUCAUGUCCCCGCCCUGUAUACAGCAGCUCGGGGAUCUAGACGACGAGAGUCUUGCUCAGUAUCCGUAUCCGGAUGUCCUCGAGUAUGCGGGGUGUAUUGAAGCAUAUGAGAAGGCGACAUUCGUCCAUCUGCUCCAGGUUGCUGGUGCUGGGCGUGUUGGCUGGAUCACUGAUUGGUCAUAUAUUAAUAUGCUUGUCAGUCGGAUUCUGCUGUUGAUAUGCAAAUUGUCCAAAGGCGUUGGCCAGUUGGCUAUAUUGUGGCCGCUUUUCAUUGCCGGGCAGGAAACUCGGAUUGAGAGUGAGCAGAAAUACGUUCGCACGACUAUGCAGGAUUUGAAGCAGUUUGGUUUCCGGAAUGUUGACAAAGCACUCGAGACCCUCGAGGGUGUCUGGUUCAAACGACGCUCGUUUCCUGGGGGAUGGAUUCAAACUCUGGAGGAAGUUCAGACGAACAUCCUUCUUCCUUGA